AUGCCACCACUCUUUAGUUUCAAUUUCCGCUACGACGACAACGAGUACGAGACAGAGACGUCUCUUGCUCAGUUCACAGUGGAGAACUCGAUCGGCGACCAGUACAUGCGAUAUAUUGACCCUGACACGCUUGAGCACGGCGGCGAAAUCGAUGAUACGCAGUACCGGCUAUCGCGGCCACGGCACGAGCAGUUCUUAAGGGAUGCGAUUGCAGAGGGGUCUGGGCUUAGCAAGUACAUGGACGCGCUGCAGCCAUGGCUGAUAUUCUGGUCACUCAAUUCGCUGGCAAUCCUGGGCAGCGAGAUCAGGCCCGACCUUGCAGAACGUGCCCUAGAGAGCUUGAGGCUUAUGCAGGAUCCGAGUGGCGGGUUUGGCGGUGGCAAUCGCCAGAUUCCACAUCUGGCCGACACAUAUGCAGCAGUGAUGGCGCUGACAUUGCUUGACAGCGAUAGGGCACUAGAGGUUGUCGACAGACAAAAGAUGCACGAGUGGCUGGUGCGGUUGAAGCGCAGCGACGGAUCCUUUUACAUGCACGAAGGUGGCGAGGUCGAUGUCCGUGGUAUAUACUGUGCGCUAACAGUGGCUUCUGUGCUCAAUAUCAUGACACCCGAGAUAACCGCGAACUGCGCAGACUUUAUAGCCGGAUGCCAGACAUGCGAGGGCGGCAUUGGCCCGUAUCCUGGAGUCGAGGCCCACGGCGGAUACACGCUAUGCGGGCUAGCAGCACUUGAGAUCCUUGGCCGCUCAGACAUUGUUGAUCUGAAGCGGCUGUCGCGGUGGAUGAUCCUGCGGCAGAUGCCAUUUGAAGGCGGGUUCAGCGGCCGCGCCAACAAGCUAGUAGACGGAUGCUACUCGUACUGGCAAGGCGGGUCGUUUGUGCUGUUACAAAAGGCACUGAAAAGGUCGCAGGUGCAGGACUACUUGUUUGACAGAGAGGCACUGCAGAGGUACGUGCUGGCGUGCUGCCAGGCGCGCGACAGGCGCGGUGGACUGAGAGAUAGGCCGGGAAAGUCGUCUGAUCUCUACCAUACUAUGUACGUCCUGUGCGGGCUGUCGUUAGCGCAGCAUUACGUUGGCGUGGAGCCCGAAAAGGUUGUAGAGAACAUCACUUCGGUAUUCAGCGCACCAGUGCGGAUGAUACAGUGGGGCUCAAUCCUCAAGGGGCUCAAAGUGCUUGGGCACCGGUCAAACCUGGUCAAGCCCAUCCACCCGGUUUAUGCAGUGCCGUUUGCACCACUGUAUAAGGCUAUAAAGUAUUUUUACUCUCUGAAACCGCUCGCUGAGAGUUUAAUUUAAAAUAGACAUUUUUCAAAUAUUAGU